AUGGAGGGUGAUAUGAUCGGUGCAUUCCAGGCGGAGUAUGAGGAGGCGAUGCUCAACCUCGAGGCGGAGCCAAGACGGCCGCGAUGCCAUCGAGAGUUCAUCAGGCGUGAUCGUCUGGGUGCCCACGAUCGGCUCUACAACGACUACUUCGCCGAGACUGUGAUUAUCCUCCGAGCUUCUUUCGGCGAAGUGGCCGGGUCCAACAACGACAUCAAUGUACUCAAUCAGUCACCGUUGUUCACUGAUGUGCUUAGGGGAGAAGCACCCAUAGUGAACUUCACGGUGAAUGGACACGAGUACAACUAUGGUUACUACCUUGCCGACGGCAUCUACCCCUCCUGGGCGGUGUUCAUGAAAGGUGUUACUCUUCCACAAAGUGAAAAGCAUCGACUGUUCACUGCUGCUCAAUCAGCUUGGCGCAAAGAUGUCGAGUGUGCCUUUGGAGUGCUGAAGGCUAGGUUCAACAUUCUAGCAGUUCCGGGACGCUCCUACUCGAGGCGUACUCUUGGAUUGAUCAUGCGUGCAUGUGUCAUUCUGCACAACAUGAUCAUCGACGAUGAGCGUGAUACAAAUUUGGAGAACAUCUAUGAGACAGUUGAUUCCAAUGUCGGCCCUGUGAUACACAACAAUGCACCACCAAGCCUAGCAGCCAGGGUUCAGAUGGACAACGAAAUGAGGGAUUCACCGAUGUAUACACAGCUCCAGCAUGAUUUGAUUGAGCAUGUGUGGGCUAAUGCCUAG